UCAAGAAUGAUUGGUAAAUGCAUAAUACCACUCUAACGUACAAGUAAAAUUAUUCUCAGAUUUUCUGCUGAGCCGAUUUAGAAGUAGAUAGAUUUCACCAUCCUCAUAGAAGUUGGCAUCAUGAAUUCUACAUUUGACCCAUUUCAGUGCCUGGAGCUUGUGAAGAGAAAAGACAUAAACAUUAUUGUGUUGCAUUAUAACUUGACUGGGCGAAUGACUAACCGAUCAAGCAAUGGAAUGUCAAUUCUCAAUAUACUUUUUAUAUUUAUCAGCAUCUUUAUCAUUCUUGAGAAUCUCUUCGUACUAGCAGCUCUGCUGAGGUAUCUCCAUUUGAAACGGUGGGUUUAUUGCUGUUUGGCCAAUAUUGCCUUCAGUGACCUCUUGGCUGGUUUCUCCUAUCUACUGAACAUCUGCCUCUCAGGCGCUAACACGUUCCUCCUGAGUCCAGAGCUCUGGUUUGUAAGGGAAGGUCUUGUCUUCACAACGUUGGCUGCCUCCAUCUUCAGCUUGCUUGUAACAGCAGUAGAGCGCUACUGUACAAUGGUGGUGAUAACUUCAGAAAAUCACUCAGUAAAGAGCAUGCGAGUUCAGGGCUUGAUUAUCUUAUGCUGGAUAUUGGCUGCUGUGGUUGGAUUUUUGCCACUCCUUGGUUGGAACUGCGUGUGUCACAUUGAGAGCUGCUCGAACGUCCUUCCUCUUUAUUCCAAAAAGUACUUACUUUUCAGCCUUAUCCUGUUGGCUGUUACAUUGGUUGGUAUUACUGGAUUUUACUGCACCAUUUACUAUUUAGUGUGUACUAGUGCAAAGCGAGUAGUGGUCACAAACCAAAGCAAGCGUGCCUUCCAUUUGCUCCACACUGUUAUCAUCAUUCUAGGUACCUUUAUCUUCUGUUGGAGUCCACUGUUUGUAGUCCUUUUGAUGGAUACUGCAUGCUCUCCUACUUCCUGCCCAAUACCACUUGGACUGGAAUGGGUGCUAGCAUUGGCCCUCUUGAACUCUGCUUUGAACCCACUCAUUUACUCUUUUCGAAGCUCAGAGGUUCGCAAAGCAGUAUUAGCGGUGCUUUGGUGUGUCUGCUCUAAGGCUGGAGUGCCGUUGCCUGCCUCCUGCAGACUAGGCACAGAUAUUACUUCAGGCUCAUCAAAUGAGAGUUCUAUUAGAAAGAGAAGUAGUGUGCGUCUUUCAAAGGCGCUCAGUGUCAGGAGCCCUUUAACAAGUAUCUCAAGUGUGCCCAGUCAGUAAACAUGGCUCUCAAAGUACAAUCAGAAAAGAGGUUGGUCCCUCUUACCUGUUUUCAGAAAUUAAUAUUUGUAUCUACUCAGGAGCACAUUAAGCCUUGGUCCUGAAGUAUGCGGUGCAGAUGUUCACCUGAUGAACUGUUACUGACUCCAAAUCAGUAAUGCUGCACUACAAAUAAAAUCACCAAGGAUAGAUAAAUGAAUUUGAAAAAGGGAGUUUGGAAUCCAGCAAAUACUGGAUUCUGAUAGCAGCCAGUCCUGAAAGGUUACCUAGUGAAGAUAAUGUGAAACAAUAUGGAUAAAGAAUUUUUAGCAGUUUUUUGAAAACUGUAUCAUAAAUCUAACAUUUAUUUGCUGUAUAUAAUAAGCCUGUAUACAUUCAAAGACAAGUUAAAAUGAAAGUAAGAUUGUA